GAAUCCUAUCAAGGCUAUAGAUUAUCUGUAAAUCUGCUUGUAUUAUCCUUUCAACGAAGUAUUUGAGCGUACAUAUGCCCCAAUAAAACUCCGAUUUAUUGAGAUAAGUAAACCCACAUCUUGCGAGACGGUGCAAUCCAAAUCGGAGUAUAAAUUUAACUGGUUGGAGGCAGAGGAAUAGUGCACAAGGAAACGAGACUGAACAGGUCUUGUCUCCACCCCAAGUCUACCGAUCCCAAAAAUGAGGAAGAGGCACUACUGCACUUCCACAGUAGUUUUACCGUCUUGCUGUUCAUGUUAGGCUGGCGUGCUAUGUUUCAGAUUCACCAAUGUUUUUUCCCUGCAUUUAAAUACACCGCAGUGUGGCUUCAUCACCAUGACGCAGGACCGCUCCAGUCCCCCAGUACGCAGAUGCGGAGAGACGUGAAGCAGGCAGGCUCCCUGAUGUGGCCAACAACAGAGGGAUUUAUCGUUAUGUCGGGUUGUCUCGUAGCCUUCAUGUUAGGCCGGUCAUCGUGUGGAUUCUAAAGCACGGUCUUUCAGUGUCCUAAUGAUCAUCAUGCCGAACUGAGGAAAAUGCCAUCAUCACAUGAGCAGCAUGAGGGAAGAAGAUAUGAAAAUGUGAUUGUAAUUUUUUCUCCAAUGGAACUAUGGGAUUUAUUUUGGUUGACAAGCAGGGGCAUCAGAGUCAGCGGAUGGUUGUCUUCGGUGCCAUCUUCCUCCUCACAACACUGCUCAUCCUCUACAGCUCCAACAGCGGUAACCAGCUGUACGGUGCUGUAGGGGUAGGGAACUAUCACUAUGUGUCCAAAAACACAGACCUAAGAAGAUGGGCCACAAGAGAUGCAUACGUCCCAGUCUAUGGAAACAAGACACUCUUGCUGCGCUGUAGCCAGUGUGCCCUGGUGACCAGUUCCAGUCACAUGCUAGGCAGCGGAGUGGGUCCUGAGAUCGACCGUUCAGAGUGUGUGAUUCGUAUGAAUGACGCCCCCAUCUCUGGCUUCGAGAAAGAUGUGGGGAACCGCACCACCCUGCGUGUGGUGGCACAUUCCAGCGUGUUCCGUGUGGUACGCAGACCCACCGAGUUCCUCAACUUGUCCACUGACAUGUCCGUCAUCUUCUGGGGCCCACCGACCAAGAUCGGGCGCGAGGCGAAGGGCACUUUGUUUAGGCUCAUCCAGAGGGUUAGUGCCACCUACAGGAAUGUCUCAUUCUACACCAUCACCCCCAGCAAGAUGAAGAAGUUUGACUCGCUGUUCCAGAGAGAAACUGGCCGAGACAGAGAGAAGUCUCGCUCCUGGCUCAGCACCGGCUGGUUCACCAUGGUGAUCGCCAUCGAGCUGUGUGACAAUAUCAAAGUCUACGGGAUGGUGCCACCCAAUUACUGCGGACGGAGGCAAUCCAAGCGCAUGCCGUACCACUACUACAAGCCUCGCGGACCGGACGAGUGUGCCAUGUACAUGCAGAACGAGAAGGGUCGUCGUGGAAACCACCACCGCUUCAUCACCGAGAAACAGGUGUUUUCACGCUGGGCAAAGCUCUUCAACAUCACCUUCUCCAUCCCCACCUGGUAAAAAAUUAAAUACGGAACCAGCGGGAUGGCAGGAUUUUUUUUGGAACACAAUCUUAAUGAAUGUCUCUGAGGGGAGAGUUACUCAAAAGAGAAAGGUACUACCAAACAGAGAUUUCACUGCAGGAGCAGGCCUUCCUCCUGCGAGUAGAGGGGUAUGGGGUGCUUUCAAAUUCUCUGAGAAACGGUCUUCAUGGUAACCAUCUUUGCAAGGGGGCUUUGGGGGGAUCUGUGGCGGCUCCUAGAAAUGUUUUCUAUAAAUCUGACACUUUUAAGGUGGGUGAGCUUGACAAAUCCACAAUUCCUUUUCAAAUCCACUUUGAAUGUUCAUUAAUCCAUCUGAGCAACAAAACACUAAAGAAAAACAUCAAAGUUGCUGUCACUCAGUUUUAUAGAUGGAAAAUAGGUAUGUGAAAGAAUGUGCUAAACCUCUCCACAAAGCACAACUGUAAACGUGUUUUGUAAAUAUGUGAAAUGCUAAUUGAAUGAUUUAAAUAUGUAUUUUUACAUGUUUGUAAUAUUUCUCUUCUCUUUGCCAAAAGAAACCAUGACUACUGUAGAAGCAAAAAUGAAAACAUUGACCAUUAUGUCGCUGUGAAUUUCCUGACCCUUGUAAGAUCUGUGUUUUUGGUCUAAAUAGACGCUGGGUUUGUAUGCAUCAGUGUUACCAUGGCGAUACUUUCCUGGAAUGUUGCUGCAGCACUGGGCUCUCCUUGGCUUUCCUGACUGAUGUAACCUUAGAGUAAGGCACCUCUGUGAUUCAGUAUUAAGGUCAAUUUGUUGGUUCUCCUCAUGUUUCUACUGUGUGUGUUUGUUCCUUGAUAUGAGAAGAGACUUUGGGGAUUUCUCCGGCAUUCGUGUAUAUGAAUGACCUACAUCAACUAUUUCGUUAAGAACAAUGGACCUCAUUCUCGAAUGCAGUUAAGAAAAAGAUAAGAAGAAAUUUCGCCUUCAUGAACCCCACGGGGAUCUUUCUUAAGAUCUGUCUUACGAAGUUCGUAAGAAGACAUUUAAGAAGACACUUAAGAAAAUGUUUCGAGAAUGAGGUCCAAUGAUGGUGGCACAGUUCAUGGUUGGGUAACUAUUGUGGGACCUGUUAAGAGUGAGGAGAGAUAAGGGUGGCAAAAGAUUGCAUGUUUGGACAGAAUACCUUGAAAUGAACAGUGCAGUAAGAAUAUGUUGCACAUAUGUUAAAUAAUUUGGCUAUAGGCUGGGAUGUAUUGCUUAGUAGUAUUAGUAGUAUGUCUAUACACCAAUUUCUUUUUUUGCACACCAAAUGAUGUCACAUCCUUAAAAUAUAUUCCAACUGCCUCCUACGCUGGACUACAACCGAGAUUCACUGCCGCCAAAAACUGAAAUAAUGGAUGAUGAUGAAAACUGGCUAAAGUCAGAGAGCUUUAGGAUUAGAUUAGCUGGCAAAUCUUGUUUGGAACCUCUGCCACGCUGUCUUGGAAGAAGACAUUAUAGCAUUAUGUUUUCAUCACCGCAUUAAACUUAAAUUUUGCUGAAUGCUAGCGGGAUGCAUCCCCUCAGUCUCUCCAUCGGGUAUCAAGAAACAAACAACACAAGCCAGACAACCAAAAAGAGAUAAAAAAGAUGUCAGUGUUAUGUCAUUUUAUCCGUUUCUGAGAAGUCAUUGGUUACUUAUUAUUUCAUGCUACAGGUCUGCAGAUUAUUUUUCCAACCAGAAAAAUAGGAAUACACUAUGAUUAUACAGAUGCUCUGGAGGGCCGACACUGGCAGAACUGCCCUUGAAUAAAUAUUAUGGGAGCUUGGCUUGGUGAAAUGGGCCGGGGCCUUUGUGCUGCCUACUUAAGUCUGCCAAGAGGAAUGUAAACUUGGUUCACUGACCUUUGCUGUAUUGCUUGCACAUAGAUCAAGCUCGGAAUGUUCUGUGGUACAUCUGAUGAAAUAACACUUGUUUCAAAAUCAAA